AGAGCACACGCCGAAGGACUGGAGACCGCGGACUAACCCGCGCGGAGACUCGGCCUCCCCGCCCGGCUCAGCGGAGGGGCGUCCCCUGGGUGGAAAAAACAAGUUUAUCAGCGGUCCCUGGCCUGUUGGAUCGAAGCGCCGCAGACGACGCAGUGGGUGUCUGGCGCCCAGUACCCUGAGGGGAAAGCCCUGGGGACUCCGGAAGACUCGGCGGCAGCGCUCCUCCUGCCUGGGCGCAGGUUGCUGAGCCGGGCGCGCGGAGGCACCCGGGGCCGGGCCAGCGCCCCCUGUAUUCUCACCCGGGCAGCGGCCCCGCUGGAGGAGAAACCCGGGUAGCCGCCGCCGCCUCAGUUUCCUGGUUUCAGUCGCCGCAGCCGCCCCCUCCGUGGCCUCUCGAAGAAGGGGAAGAGGAAGGGGGCAUCGCGGAGCCCCGGCGGAUGCGCCCCCCGCCGCCUCUCUGGCUGCGCCGCCUCGCGGGGAUGAAGCACCGGUCAUGAACAUGGAGGUGACCUGCCUUCUACUUCUGACGCUGAUCCCCUUCCACUGCCGAGGACAAGGAGUCUACGCUCCAGCCCAGGCCCAGAUCGUGCACGCGGGCCAGGCGUGUGUGGUGAAAGAGGACAACAUCAGUGAGCGCGUCUACACCAUCCGGGAGGGCGACACCCUCGUGCUGCAGUGCCUUGUCACCGGGCACCCUCGGCCCCAGGUGCGGUGGACCAAGACAGCUGGCAGUGCCUCAGACAAGUUCCAGGAGACCUCCGUGUUCAACGAGACGCUGCGCAUUGAACGCAUCGCACGCACGCAGGGGGGCCGCUACUACUGCAAGGCAGAGAACGGUGUGGGCGUGCCCGCCAUCAAGUCCAUCCGCGUGGACGUGCAGUACCUGGACGAGCCGGUGCUGACGGUGCACCAGACAGUGAGUGAUGUCCGAGGCAACUUCUACCAGGAGAAGACGGUGUUCCUGCGCUGUACGGUCAACUCCAACCCACCUGCACGCUUCAUCUGGAAGCGGGGCUCCGACACCCUGUCCCACAGCCAGGACAAUGGAGUCGACAUCUAUGAGCCCCUCUACACCCAGGGGGAGACCAAGGUCCUGAAGCUGAAGAACCUUCGGCCCCAGGACUACGCCAGCUACACCUGCCAGGUGUCUGUACGCAAUGUGUGCGGCAUCCCGGACAAGGCCAUCACCUUCCGGCUCACCAACACCACAGCACCACCAGCUCUGAAGCUGUCUGUGAACGAAACUCUGGUGGUGAACCCUGGGGAGAAUGUGACGGUGCAGUGUCUGCUGACAGGCGGCGAUCCCCUGCCCCAGCUGCAGUGGUCCCAUGGGCCGGGCCCGCUGCCCCUGGGGGCUCUGGCCCAAGGUGGCACCCUCAGUGUCCCUUCAGUGCAGGCCCUGGACUCUGGCUACUACAACUGCACAGCCACCAACAAUGUGGGCAACCCUGCCAAGAAGACCGUCAACCUGCUGGUGCGAUCCAUGAAGAACGCCACGUUCCAGAUCACCCCAGACGUGAUCAAAGAAAGCGAGAACAUACAGCUGGGCCAGGACCUGAAGCUGUCGUGCCACGUAGAUGCAGUGCCCCAGGAGAAGGUGACUUACCAGUGGUUCAAGAAUGGCAAGCCGGCACGCAUGUCCAAGAGGCUGCUGGUAACCCGAAAUGACCCCGAGUUGCCCGCCGUCACAAGCAGCCUAGAGCUCAUUGACCUGCACUUCAGUGACUAUGGCACCUACCUGUGUGUGGCUUCCUUCCCGGGAGCUCCUGUGCCUGACCUGAGCGUUGAGGUCAACAUCUCCUCCGAGACAGUGCCACCUACCAUCAGCGUGCCCAAGGGCAGGGCCAUUGUGACCGUGCGCGAGGGCUCGCCCGCUGAGCUGCAGUGCGAGGUGCGGGGCAAGCCGCGGCCGCCCGUGCUCUGGUCUCGAGUGGACAAGGAGGCUGCUCUGCUGCCCUCGGGGCUGCCUUUGGAGGAGACCCUGGACGGAAAGCUGCGGCUUGAGCGAGUGAGCCGCGACAUGAGUGGGACCUACCGCUGCCAGACGGCUCGCUAUAAUGGCUUCAACGUGCGCCCCCGUGAGGCCCAGGUGCAGCUGAACGUGCUGUUCCCACCGGAGGUGGAGCCCAGCUCCCAGGAUGUGCGCCAGGCUCUGGGCCGGCCCGUGCUCCUGCGCUGCUCGCUCCUCCGAGGCAGCCCCCAGCGCAUCACCUCAGCUGUGUGGCGCUUCAAAGGGCAGCUGCUGCCUCCGCCACCCGCCGUCCCUGUCGCAGGCGAGGCCUCCGACCACUCCGAGCUUCGCUUGGACGCCGUCACUCGAGACAGCAGCGGCAGCUACGAGUGCAGCGUUUCCAACGACGUGGGCUCCGCGGUCUGCCUCUUCCAGGUCUCGGCCAAAGCCUACAGCCCGGAGUUUUACUUCGACACCCCCAACCCCACCCGCAGCCACAAGCUGUCCAAGAACUACUCCUACGUGCUGCAGUGGACCCAGAGGGAGCCCGAUGCUGUUGACCCCGUGCUCAACUACAGACUCAGUGUCCGCCAGUUGAAUCAGCACAGUGCCAUGGUGAAGGCCAUCCCGGUGCGGCGUGUGGAGAAGGGGCAGCUGCUGGAGUACAUCCUGACUGACCUCCGUGUGCCCCACAGCUAUGAGGUCCGCCUCACGCCCUAUACGACCUUUGGGGCCGGUGACAUGGCCUCUCGCAUCAUCCAUUACACAGAACCCAUCAACUCUCCCAGUCUGUCAGACAACACCUGCCACUUUGAGGAUGAGAAGAUCUGUGGCUACACCCAAGACCUGACGGACAAUUUUGACUGGACACGGCAGAACGCUCUAACCCAGAACCCCAAGCGCUCUCCCAAUACUGGUCCCCCCACGGACAUCAGCGGCACCCCUGAGGGCUACUACAUGUUCAUUGAGACUUCAAGACCCCGGGAACUGGGGGACCGUGCACGGUUGGUGAGUCCCCUGUACAAUGCCAGCGCCAAGUUCUACUGCGUCUCCUUCUUCUACCACAUGUACGGGAAGCACAUCGGCUCCCUCAACCUCCUGGUGCGGUCCCGGAACAGAGGAGCCCUGGACACGCACGCCUGGUCCCUCAGUGGCAAUAAGGGCAACGUGUGGCAGCAGGCCCACGUGCCCAUCAACCCCAGCGGGCCCUUCCAGAUUAUUUUUGAGGGGGUUCGAGGUUCGGGCUACCUGGGGGAUAUCGCCAUAGAUGAUGUCACACUAAAGAAGGGAGAGUGUCCCCGGAAGCAGAUGGAUCCCAAUAAAGUGGUGGUGAUGCCGGGCAGCGGAGUGCCCCGCCAGCCCCACCCGCAGCUCUGGGGGCCCGUGGCUGUCUUCCUCUUGGCGUGGCAGAGAUGAUGAGAGCUGCGUGGCCCCCACCCCGCCCCUGGCACACCAAAGUGUCUGCAUCGUACCAAAGACUGACCCCCGCCAGCCGGGGUGCCCGGGGCAGGACCAGCCCGCCAGGGAGGGGGCCGAUGUUGACUGCGAGGAUGAGCAGAGAACAAGGACAGAGGUCUAGCGCUGAGGCCCUGCGGACAGUCGUUCAACACACGCACACUCACACACUCACACACAGAAGUAUAUUAAAGCACAAAUUUCUAUCCGA